AUGGCAGCUACGGUCUUGGGAAAGCGCUCGCGCAGUGCAGCGGAGCCGGAAGGACUUCCAGUGCGUACGGCAAGCAAGCGCCGAACCGUGGCACCUCGUGCCAGGCGCGAAGAUGCUGCCGUCCCGAAUUCCAUUCCUCGAACACGGUCCCGCGCGAAGAUCGCUGAGCCUCUGACGGACCAGGAGAAUGGCGAUGUUAUCAAGCCCUCGGACAAGACGCUUUCCAAGCACACAAGUCGUGAGGAGCAGGGUGGGUCACCGUCCAAGAUCAACUCGCAUUUCCGCACCUCAAAGCUAGUGGAGGAGCAAACUUCCGCUCCGGUUGAAUUCAAGACCCCACAGAAAGCCCGCUUCCGAGAUGCUUUGCAACAUUCGCCGUCUACACCGCGGCAUCGUGUUCAAGUCGGGGCAAAGGCUGUCACCCCUCGAACUCCUCGACAUGCUAAUCUUCCACCUACUCCUCGUCAAAGCGCCACCCCGACUGUCGCCCAGUCGGUAUACUCACAGGCGCGACAGCUUUUUGCUCGUGGAGCCAACUCUGGACGGCUAGUCGGUCGAGAUUCGGAACGAGAGAAAGUGGCCAGCUUCAUUGAAGAAUGUACCAAGUCUCAGAAAGGCGGUUGUCUAUACAUCAGCGGACCGCCGGGAACGGGCAAGAGUGCGAUGGUCAAUGAAGUGUGCCAGGAUAUGGACUUGUCAGAUGUCAAGGUCUCUCAUGUGAAUUGCGUGAGCAUGCGGAAUGCGCGCGAUGUCUACAGCAAGCUCAUACAAGACUUCGACGAGGGCUCGGAUGUCUUCAAGAAGAGCGAAGCCGACCGAUUGAAGGACAUGUUUGUCCCAUCAAAACCCAAUGGCCUAUUCCUAGUUUCACUGGACGAGAUGGAUCACUUGCUCAUGGGCGACUCAGGUGUGCUCCAAUCACUCUUUGAGUGGUCGCUAUCCAAUAAGUCGACACUGAUCUUGAUCGGCAUUGCCAAUGCUCUGGACUUGACCGACCGUUCACUUCCGCAGUUGAAGGCAAAAAAUUUGAGACCAAUUCUCUUACCAUUCUUGCCAUACAAUGCGGCUUCCAUUGCCAACGUUAUUACCAACCGUCUUCGAUCGCUGAUUCCCGCUGGUAUGGAUAAUGACCCGAAGUUUGUUCCUUUCCUGCAGCCUGCCGCCAUUCAACUUUGUGCGAAGAAGGUGGCCUCCCAGACGGGUGAUCUUCGGAAAGCUUUCGAACUCAUCAAGCGUGCGAUUGAUACCAUUGAGCAAGAGACUCAACAAAAACUUGAGAAACAAGCCGCUGAGGCGGAGAACAACUCGAUACUCGCCGAGAACGCAAAUCUCUCUUCUCCAACGAAGGGAGCUCCCGCUUCUCGGCCAACCACCAUGUCGAGCUAUACGGCCCUCACGGCGCCUCGUGCCAGCAUUGCCCAUAUUGCUCGCAUCACGACGUCAGCCUUUGGACAAGGCACCGUUCAAAGAUUGAAGGGGUUGAAUUUGCAGCAGAAAGCUGCCAUCUGUGCGUUGAUUGCAUUAGAGCGCAAACGUCGUGAGCUUGACGUUCUGAGCACACCCUCCAAGUCUCGAUGCUCUGCUCCCACGGUCAAGCAAGCAUUCGAUACAUAUUGUACACUUUGCCGGAAUGACAACAUUCUGCACCCCUUGACUUCGACUGAGUUUAAGGAUGUCUUGAGCAACCUAGAAACCAUGGGCCUUGUGGGAGAAUACCAAGGCCGUGGCCGCGGAGGAACCGUUGCUGGCGGCUCUGAUGUCCGUCGCACACCAUCCAAGUCUGGGAACGUCAUUUCCACUCCCCACAAGGGCAUGGAUGAGCAGGGUCUUCUUUGCUUCGUCUCCCAGUCGGAGAUUGAGGGCCAAAUCGCCGGUCCCGGUGAAGGGAUUCUCAGGCGGCUCCUUCGUGGGGAAGGCCUCUAG